UCUUUGUGCGUGUGCCCGGUGGCGUGUAGGACCAGUAAAGUAAAUGUAGUUAAUUACACAACCACCUCUGGCUGGCCUAAGUAAACCUAGAGGUUCUUAAAUAUAUUGUUUGCCAGACACAGCCAUUCAUUCUAUCUGUAAACUGACAAGUCAAGCUAGCAAUCGUGAUUCGCUGAGCAGAAUUCAAGCAUAAUGGUGUCCAUCAGUAGCUGCAGUGUUGACUUUCCUGAGGUUCUGUCAAAUCCCGGAUUUGGAAGCUCCAGCAGUUUCCACACAAAUGAGUACUCUGGCAGUAGUGACACGGAUGACUUCAUUCGUGAAGUAGCAGAGCGUCACAAUAUUUCGUACAGCCUACUGAACAAAACCCAUAGUGAGGACGAGAUUUCCGACCCGUUUUCUCUUAGUUCCAGUCAUCACAGCCUGCUCAUUGUUGAAUCAGACCUAGAGAAAGACGGCUCCUGUUCUCCUGAGGACUUGGACUCUCCUGCCGACACUAAAGAGAAAGAACCAAGGAACAGUUACACUCUCUCAUCUUGUGCCGUAACUUUAUCCCCUCCCAUUGGAAACGGGUUCAUUAUGGCAACGGAGCGAGAUAUGGAGGACUUUGUACAGAGUGGUGUAAAUAUUAUUCUCCCAGACGAGGAGGCUCAUCUUAAUAGUAAUGGCUCUACACUGAGGUCACUGCACAGUUUCAAGAGGCAGGGAGCAUUGCUUGAGAGUACAGAGGAUACAGAACUAAAUUGUCUGACACCCACCAAUAUGAUGAGUAACUCUGAGGGCAUGUCUUUGUCCACCACACCCACUCCCCAAGUGGAUGUUAAGACUGACGGAGAGGUAUCGCCAGAUGUGUCCACAUACGAUGAUCUGGAGAUUCUCAUUGAUGAGAUUAUGUGUGGUGAGGGAGGGUCCACUGGUCUUAAGAUCCCCGUCCCUACAAGGAGACAUUCCAACUGUGACCCUGCCUCGAGGGAGGUGGUUUCUCUUGUCCCUCUCUACCAGAGACGAACCAGCGUCACCGUUGCACCCCUCCUAGCUGCCACUCCCUUCACGCUCAUCCCACCGUCCGAAGACACUCGUAAAUUAAGCGAUCCUGCUGUAUGUCUUCGAAAAGAACGAGUAAAAAAUUCAUAUAUGUACAUGACCAAACAAAAGCGUUGUCUCUCUGACUCUGAGGCUCCAAACAUCUCGACAGACGAUGAUGAUUGUAAGAGCGAAGAAUGCGAAUCUUCAGCACUUGAUUCCGGUUUUCAUGAUUCCCGAUUCCAAGAUGGCUCCAGUGUUAACUAUCCACCAUCCUCUCGUAUGUCAUUAGAUAAUUUAUCCGAUGAUUUUAUGGAACCACCAUUAGUAAGCCCCAGCAAGAUAAGAAGACCGACCCCAUUCUCACCUUUCUGUCCGGCUACUCCCGAUCGCGGCAACACCGUGAUGUGGCCAUGGGACGAUACUAGUCAGCUAGGUGGUCAGGCUAACUCAGGACUGAUCACCCAACCUAAACGUUCUCUCGGCAGACAAAGUCAGAGCAGUGUGGCUACCAGCAGUGAAGGCGUAUCAAUCAGCUCUUUCUGGGAGUCACAGAUGUCUCAAAUUUCUGCACUCGAUAUUCUUUCAAGUCUUGGCUUUGAUGAUUAUGAUAGUUCACAACUUAUCCCCGAUCGAUUCAUCCCAAAAGAUGUCGAACACGUUAAACCAUCCCUGAUGAGGUCAAUGUCAUUCGAUGAAGAUGAGCUGUUGUACGCUAGCAGAGCACCGUCCAUUAGUACCAUGUCCGAAUCAAGUGUGUCCUCGUCUCAGCCUGUCCAUCGCCCACUCACUACUAGCACACGCGACCUCCCUCUCGGAGCAACUGCCGAAAAUUUCUUUGUCCCCAGCUCUCCACCUCCUCAACCAGCACAGACCACUCCAGUUGACAAGCAACCAUUAAAAAGCAACCCACCCGCCGCUACUAGUUUCAUGUAUUACACAGUUUUGGAGACAGUGCCUGAAGAGACAGCUAGUGAUCUUUCGCCCUCACCUAGAUGGCUUUCUCCAAGAGUCUCAGUUGACCACUCUGUCAUUAUGGACCUCUUCGAGAACAAACUAGGCUCUAAUCUCAAGGUCCGUAAGCGAUCUCUUCCUACUCAACGUGAGGGCUACAGAUGGAGUAUCGGCAGUCAAGUGGACAGCGAAACAGGGGAGAGUAUUCACGUCUCUGUCACAUCCUACGAUGAUGAAAUGGCUCUGGAGAAAGAAAGAGAAAAAGAGGAAUCAAGUGUGCCAAUACCAGUGGAGGACUUCACUCAUCCAAGGAGAGCUAGAAGAAAGGGUGUGUACGUGCCUCCAGCAUCUGUCCUAACUUGGCUCAAUUCACAACAACCCAUUUCUGAAGAGGAAAUAAUUAGCCCAGAAGAGCUUCCAUGGCCAUUUAAUGAGCAGGCAAAGCUAAGAGUCAGUUUGUCAGAGAUACAACUUGAGCGAAAAGAGAGUGAAAGUCGAGAGAACUCACUACUAGCACCUAAUGACAUGUAUCGUGAACCUUCCCCUAAAUUACUUCUUGCUGAAGAACCAUUACUCAAAAUUCUCGAUUCGCAUAGUCGUAGUUCAUCUGUGGAGCCGCAUGGUAGACUCAGUGUGAGUAGCAUCGGGUCUAUUGACCUGGAGCGAAGUUGCUCACCUGAUGACUGUUCGAGGACAUGUGAAACCAAUCUCGUUCCCCCCUCUUUCAAACGCAGGUCUCGAUCUCUCUCCCCAAUUGUACCUCCUCGGGAAGAUGCCAUCAGGAAAGCAACUGGCAAAGUUUCACAAGACGAUAUCCAGUUGGGCACAGCUGCUCGUGGUCUAGAGUCGCGUCAUGAGUACGUGCGUGUGGUGAUACAUGAUGACAAAGACUACAAAGCUGAAUGUCAGUGGCUGAGCUCUGAACUGAAUUCCCUCAAGGCUCAUGCUAACGCAACCGAAACUACGCUUCGAGCCAAAGUUGAUACACUGUACUCGAAAUUUUCUUCUUCUGAACGAAUGCUGACUCGGCAAACAGCUGUUCAUCAAGAGUUACAUCAGGAGCUAGAGAGCGUAAAGCGACAAUUACGAGAGACGAAGGAAUCCCACGAAGCAACAGUGGUCUCCCUGAGGGAUGAAGCCAGACAGGUGCACAUUCGAGAGCAGCUGCAGUUUAAGGACGACCUUUUAAAGGAGAAGGCAUUAGCAACCUCAAACGCCCAAGAUAAAUACACUCAAGAGCUUAAUGAUCUGACGAAAGCCCUCCAAGCAAAGACAACUAAACUCGAACAGAUGUCAGCACGCUUAACUGAGAGAACUCAAGCCUCAUCUACUCUGGCUGGUCAGCUGAUGCAGGCUAGGAUGGAGGGAGGGGAUAGGGAGGCCCGGUUCAGAGCAGAGCUGGAAGAAGAGAGGGACAAACUGAUUAAGAUCACUGAGCUCCAUCGCUUAAAAUCCGUUCCGCAAAUGGACAAAGAGAAAACUUCGAAGGCCCUUGCACUAAAAAUGAAACAGGAUCUAGAGGUUUCUUUGAAGAGAGAGUGCUCACAGGAUAAUGAGGACCAUCCUAGUCAGCAGUCAACUCCUCAGGGUGCAGAUCUAGUGGCAACAAUGAAAAAACAACUCAAGACACAGCAACGUGUGAAGGAGAGAGUCCAGAGUCUGUAUGAGGACAAGUGUCAAGAGGUGAAAACCCUGCAAGGAAAGAUGAAACAACUUGCAAAGGAGCAUCUGCUUUUGGAGAGGAUGCUGCAGCAGGACAAACAAACCACCUAGACCUAAGGCUAUGACUCAUAAAACUUUGACAGUGACCACCUAGACAAUCCAUAAUAAUGUCAUAAUUCAUUUUAAUAUCACACGACCUUUACCGUAUUAAAUAA